UCGGGGUGUGUGCGAGGGCGGGGCCUCGCUGGAGGAAGUGGCUCUCACAGCUCGGACGUGUGUAUCUGUUGGACGUGUGCGACUGUAAGCGCGUGGAGCAGCACCUCCGCCGGGGAGAGCGUCGCCAACCACUGAAUCGCCCCCCCAAAACGACGAGCAAAUCACGAAAAAAAACAACCCCACGCGCGAACUCGACAUCGAUGGUCGGUUUCCGUCUCGCCCCCUCCACAAGUUGGAGCGGUGCAACUGGUCCAGAAGCGAACACUACCAUGCAUUCGGACUGCAGGCUGCUAUGGGCAGGGUGGUAAUGGAGGGCAGGGACCCGCCAGCGGCCGGGGUUCUCCUCCGGUCGAUCCUCGUCGUGCUCGCCGCGCAGGGCGGUCGAGCGCAGAAAGGUGAUGGCUGUGGCCCCAGUGUGCUUGGCCCCAACAGUGGGACUCUGUCCUCCCUGGGUUACCCGAGGACAUAUCCCAACAACACGGUGUGCGAGUGGGAGAUCAGCGUUCCCCAUGGCGACCGGGUCCACUUUCGUUUUGCGGAGCUGGACAUUGAAGACGGCAACUGCCAGGUCAACUACCUCCGCCUCUACAACGGUGUCGGGCCUGAGAGGAGCGAGAUUGUGAAGUACUGCGGGCUAAAUGUGAUGGUCAAAGAGCUGAUCGAGUCCACUGGAAACCAGGUCACUGUCCAGUUCAUGAGUGGGAACCAUCAAGCCGGACGUGGGUUCUACCUGUCCUACUCCACCACCAAACACUCCGAUCUAAUCACCUGCGUGGACAAAGGGACGGAUUUCCCCGAAGCAGAGUUCAGUAAAUACUGUCCGGCUGGCUGCUUGACUUCCACUGAGGAGAUUUCUGGAACUAUGCCUAAGGGAUAUAGAGAGUCCUCGCCUGUGUGUGUGGCCGCCGUCCAUGCAGGUGUGGUGUCCAACGCCGAGGGAGGGAGGAUAGACGUGGUCAGCAGCAAAGGAAUCCCUCACUAUGAGGCCAUGCUGGCCAACAAUGUCACUUCCACCGGAGGAACUUUGUCCAACAGCCUAUUCACCUUUAAGACACACGGCUGCUAUGGAAGGCUUGGUUUAGAGUCCAGUGGUGUUGCGGACACCCAGCUGUCCGCUUCCUCUGUGUGGGAGUGGAACAACAUCGUUGGUGAGGACAGUGUGUGGGCGCCAUCAGGAGCCCGGCUUAACAAGGCGGGGCUGCCUUGGGCAUCUUCUGAGAUCAACUCGCAGCAGUGGCUGCAGGUUGAUCUCAAGAGGGAGAAGAGGAUCACAGGUAUCGCCACCACCGGCUCCACCCUAAGAGAAUACCAGUACUAUGUUUCAGCAUACCGGGUCCUGUACAGUAACAAUGGCCAGCAGUGGUUCAUCUACAGGGAAGCAAAUUCUUCCCAAGACAAGAUUUUUCAAGGCAACAUAAAUUACCAGCAAGAGGUGAGAAAUAACUUCAUCCCCCCAAUCGAGGCCCGGUUUGUGAGGAUAAAUCCAACGCUGUGGCACCAACGAAUCGCGCUCAAGUUGGAGCUGCUCGGCUGCCAAAACCCAAACGCAGGAAGGGGUAAAGCAGAUCCAAGGUCGAGGGGGUCUUCCCCCUCCCACCAUACUCCACCUCCCGCCGGUACAAAACGCCCCCCCCACCUUGACGGAACCACACACACCCCGGACAUUAGAAAUACCACUAUGCCUCCUCACACUGGCAAAGAUGUGGCCCUGGCAGCAGUUCUGUUGCCCGUGUUGGUCAUGGUUCUGACUGCCCUCAUCCUGAUAGUGGUGUGUGCUUGGCACUGGAAGAACAGGAAAAAGAGCUCUGAAGGAACGUAUGAUCUCCCUCACUGGGACCGCACAGACUGGUGGAAAAGCAUGAAGCAGCUGCUGCCCUCUAGGAUGGUGGAGACUGAAGACGCGGUUCGCUACAGCAGCAGUAGUGAGGUGGGCCGACUCACAGUGGGAGGUGCUGCACCCAGACUGCAUGCUGAACCUGCAGAAUAUGCUCAGCCCCUGGUGAGCGGCGUUACGACGCUGGGGGCCCGGUCGACCUUUAAGCCGGAUGAGGGGCCCGACCCGGGGUACUCUGACCCCAACCUGUACGAUGCCCCCAUCUCACCAGACGUGUACCACGCCUAUGCUGAGCCCCUGCCCGCCUCGGGAUCAGAGUACGCCACACCCAUAGUGGUCGACAUGGGUUGCCACCCGUCCUCUCUGAACCAGCCCCCAGCAGCGUGCGCUUUCAUAGGUGCGGGGCCGGUGUCCCUGCUCCCGCGCACAGACAGCAGCCAGGCAGGGCCGUCGGACUACGACACGCCCAAAACAUCCACGGGACAGGUCAUGCCCACCGAGGAUCUGACCUAUCAGGUACCUCAGGGUAGCACUCAGAAGCCAAUGGGCAAGAGCUGAAGAGCCUGGAUGCAAAUGGAUUUAAUCUGCCCCAUCCCCCUCUGACUUACAACGCAACAGACAGAAGUAGAGAGUUGUUGGCGAUGGAGGAGAAUCUGUGAGCUGGAGUCUUGAAUGAACACUACCGUAGCUCUAGAUUCAGCUGGAGUUGUCUGUAUUGCCUAGAUUUUUCUUUCUGCAUGGUCACAAUCUGCUCGCGUAGCUCCAUAACAGUCCUAUCACUGAAACCACACAGAUGAAUGUGUUUUUGCCGGCGCGAGAGGGAAAGCCGACUACUGUUUGAUAAAGACUUUGUCCCUGUUCUGUGAUCCUAAGUAGUUGUUGCAUUGUGUGAAACUGUGAUCUCCAUUGUUCUUCUGUUACAUGCGGAACCAACUGAAAUGUACCCGAUGGGUGAUAGCCAUCACAUCUAAAGGGUUCUUAGUGAAUGAACGGUAUGUUGCAUUCAGGGCCCCUCGAUCCACAGGAAAGGAUUCCUCUUAGAGUUGUUUUUAUCCAUUUCCAUGGUACGUCUUUGUCUUACUUUGUUUUAAAAAGCAUGACUUGAAAUGUUUAUUGUACUAUCUCCCUGAUCCCCUUACUACAACUCUCAGAUAAUCCACUGAUUAUUUUUUAUUUCACAACCUGCUGAGAAAUAGCCCACCAGUACUGACACUGACUACAGAGUAGGUUUAGAAAAACAAUACUAAUAUAAUUUACCUUGUCAGAGAAGUUGUAUGUUAACUUGAAAAAGGUAAUCAGGAAGAUUCAUUCAAUGGGAUUCUCAAAGUGAAGAUACUGUCACAUGAAAGACCAAAUGUUGCCCUUUCCUGUGUACAUGCAACAUUUGUUCUCGGCAGGACCACCUUUCACCAUUGUGCCAAUAGAGCAAGUUUAGCCAAAUGAACCCGUAAAGCAGUCUUAAUGUGGGAAGAUUUUAAAGGCCUAGUUAGUAGGGCUGCACAGAGAAGUUAAUCUGUUACGGCUGAUCAUUUUAGUUCUGUAUGUUUGUCUGGAAUGUUUCCACUUUUUGUUUGUGAUUGUGUUGACAUGUUCUUCCUCAUCUGUAUGUGUGGUAAAUAUGUGUUGUGCUUUUGGUUGUAUAGGAAGUUUUUUCAGUAAUUGUCUGUAGCACCAGUUAGACUGCAUUCCUCUCCACCCGUGGUACCAAUCUGACCAAACACUCUGUGGCAGGGGUGCAGAUGGGACAGCUGCUUCAUAAACUACAGAAUAGCAACCUCUCCUGGUGGGAGGGGAAUGAUAUUCACACAGCUGUGCCAGCAAUCAUGCUUUGAUUGUCAUCAAUAACCAAGGUCAUGUACAUACAGAGUUGAGGUGCUCACUGGUCAGAGUAUUAUGUGGCUCUCACUGAUUGUACACAGAAAUAAAGAGUUUUAAAAGGAA